AUGAGGAACCACACAGAGUUGACUGAGUUCAUCCUCCUGGGAAUCCCACACACCCAAGGAGGGGAGACGGUGCUCUUUCUCCUCUUCCUGUUCAUUUACCUUUUCGCCUUGAUUGGAAAUUUACUCAUCUUGACAGCAAUUCUUUCCUCCUCUGUCCUUCGCACCCCCAUGUACUUCUUCUUAGGGCUCCUGGCUAUUUUUGACAUAGUUUUACCAGCUGUAACCUGCCCCAAGAUGCUGUUCUAUCUCUCUGGUCAGAGUCCAGCCAUUUCUUACCAGGGCUGUGCCACUCAGCUCUUCUUCUAUCAUUUACUGGGCUCUACAGAAGCCUGUCUCUAUUCUGUGAUGUCCUUUGAUCGCUUUGUAGCCAUCUGUUACCCCCUCAGGUAUUCACUCAUCAUGAGACCAGGAGUCUGUGUGGGUUUGGCCACAGUAGCCUGGACAAUGGGCUGUGUUCAUUCCUCCAUUCUGACUGCCUUCACUUUUAGCCUGACCUACUGUGGCCCAAAUCAGGUGGAUUUUUUCUUCUGUGACAUUCCUGCUAUCUUGCCUUUGGCCUGUGAUGAUACAUCACUGGCCCAGACAGUGGGUUCCGCAGAAGUUAGCUUUCUGGUUUUAUCAUUUUGGGGCUCCAUUUGCUUCUGCUAUAUGCACAUCGCAAUUGCCAUUUUGCGGAUGCGCUCAGCAGAGGGCAGGAAGAAAGCCUUCUCCACCUGCAGCGCCCACCUUGCUGCUGUCCUUUGUUACCUUGCUCCUGUGGCUAUCAUCUAUCUGGAGCCCACACCCAACCACUUGGUGGAUGCCAUCGUGCAAAUAUUUACUAGUAUUGUCUCUCCCAUGCUGAACUCACUGAUCUUUUCCUUAAGAAACAAAGAUGUAAAGAAUUCCCUGAAAAGAUUGUUAAACAAAGUAAUACUAACACAAAAAUAA